UAUCCAACAUCAAAACAGUAUAUGAAUAUGGCAAAUGCUGUUUUGACAUCAUUUCCUGCCAUCCUGAGAAACAGUGAUCUCGAGGAGCAUGAAUUGCAGCUGCAAUGGAAAUUGCGCAUCCAGCGCAAGUUUCAGAAUUCAAGAAAGAGGCAGGAUUCCUCAGUGACUGAGGUGACGUCAAGGAAAAAGAAGAUCCCUUGCAUAGCGCCAAAAGAGACUACGUGUCCACUGAUGUAUGGAGUAAAGGCUUACCUUCCACCAAGGCCCCAUUCAGAAGAUGAUGAGUCAUUAGAGAGACAUAGACAGUGGCUUGCUCUACAUUGGAUGAAGAAAGAUCCCGAGUUAGAUAAGAUAAUGAAGGAGUUCCUGAGAUUAGAACCACAAGCGGAUGAACCAGACCCAAGAGUAGCAGUUUUGAAAGGGCUCGAGAAAUAUAGGCUCCCAAUAAUUGCCAUUCUCAAAAAAAGAAAAGCAGUUCCUCUGUAUAUGGAAACCUUACUUGAAGCUAAAUCCCCACGAUGAAAGUCAAUGUGAGUAAUGUCUAGUUCAAUUUGUUCAUUUCAGUAGCUGGUACCAAUUUAAUAUAUGUAUCUU